CAUUCUUCAGUGUGAAAAUGUGCGGCAAUCCGAACACGCGUCUGCUCUCUCGGCUCAUCAUUGAUUUCCUCAUCCUGCUGGGGGUCUAUGGCGCGGCCCUGGUGGUCCUGCCGCAGCAACUGGCCACCGCCCAGCGAGGCUUCCACUGCAGCGACACCAGCCUCCGCUAUCCCUAUCGCCAGCCUUGGCUGACCAAAGUCCACCUCACGAUCGCCGUCGUGGCCCUGCCCGCCGCUUUUGUGCUCGUCGUGGAGAUGUUGCGGGCCGCCUUCGUGCCAAGUGCGGUGGAGCUGAAGCAGCGGUUCGUCUUCGUUGGCGCCCGGAUCCCGAGCUUCAUCAGCGAGUGCUACAAGAUCAUCGGGGUGUAUCUGUUUGGCCUUGGAUUGACUCUGCUGGUCAUCCGGCUGACCAAGUACUCGGCGGGACGCCUUCGUCCGUACUUCUUCGACGUGUGCCAGCCCGCCUGGGGCGAGGAGGGAUCUGAGAACUGUGCCGAUCCGUCUCUGCCCGAAAAUUACACCUCCCAGUACAUUAGGGACUUUAGCUGCACAGAGUUUGCCGCCUCGCAGGAUCUUCUCGCCCUGGUACGCCACUCCUUUCCCAGUGGGUUUGUCACCUCCACCUGGUAUGCCAUGGGAUUUCUGGUCUUCUAUGCCCAGGCAAGGCUCUUCGCUCCCUGGCUGAGACUGCUCCGCUCUACGCUCCAGCUGGCCUGUGCAUCGGUAGCCCUCGUCGUGUGCUGGGAGCGCAUCUCCACCUAUCAGAACCAUGUGGCGGAUGUGGCGGCUGGUGCCGCCUUCGGUGGUCUGCUGGCCUUCUACGUGACUGUAUUUGUUGCCCACCUGUUCGAGGAGGUGCGCGUGAAGCGGCGCCAGUGGCCCAGGAACGAGCAGAUCUACGGCUAUGCGGGGUACUACAAUCGACCCACUUAUGGAUACUGAUAAGCAUAGAUAAUAACACAUAGAUGGGGAAUAAAAUACAACGAAAUUAAUUUAUU